AAUUCCCCAUUUGCUGUUGUCUUUCCUUUUCUUCUUCUUCUUCUUCCUUCAUUUUCCCGUGCAAUCUCUAACACCUUUGUUCAUCCAACAACAAAACCCUUUCUCUUCCUCAUCUCUCACACAUAAACCACUUUAGUUUUUGUUUUCCGGUUAUACGUUUAGAUAAGCUUCUUCUUUUCUCCGGUGGUUUACGUUGACGAUUGACUACUUCAAUUCUAAACCGAGCAAGCAAAUCUCUCUUGACGAAUUCAGCUAUUGAUCGUCUGUUUUUGUUUAUUUCUGGAUUCAAUGACGGGAUUUGGUUAAACGAACAAGAUUCAUUUCUCUGUUGUUCGAUUGCAUCUGUAAAAGGUUUUGAUUUCAGAGUGAGAUUUUAACGAAAUGCCUCACCGGACUACUUACUUCUUCCCGAGGCAGUUUCCUGAUCGUGGAUUCGAUUCGUUGUCGCUUAAGAAUGAUCACGAGAAGAAGAAAUCGUCUUCCAACGUUAGUGAGAGUUUUGGAUUUCAAAGAGAGAAUAAAUCUAAUGGAGUCGGCGAAGAUUCGAAUAAGGAGAAGGAGACGACUGUGUUCUCAUCUAAUUCUCUGCUUUCUAAAAGCUCCGUCGUUUCAGAUCUCUUUAGCGGUGGCGUUGAUGAUCGCAAGUCGGAGAAGAAGCAUCAGCAGCAACUAGCGGCUUUCUAUGAGUGGUUGGCGGAGAAGAAGGCUAAUCUCUCUAGGUCUUCUACUACUACUACUCAUGGACGCGCCGUGAAGCCCACGCGCUUCUCUAUGUCUAGUGACGCCGAUGAGGAGAGAGAGCACCUUCUGUUGUCUCCGGCUGAUCCGGCUUCGCUUCCUGCUACUUCUUCGCCGGAUUCUGUCAUCGCCGCGUCUUCUUCUUCGGCUCGAACGGUUAACAUCAAUGAACGAAACAUUGAUCGGAGCUUUGACAGGGAAGUUUCGCUUCCCCGAAUGUCGAGUGAGAGCAGCUUCGCUGGAAGUUUCUUCUCCGGGACGACCGUGGACGGGAAUUACUCCAAUUUCUCAAGUCAUACAGACGCAAGGGAAACUUCGACCACCACGCGUGUCUCUGUCACCAAGGAGGGAAGAGAAGUUGAGGUUAGGGAAGAGGGCAAAGAGCAAAGCAUAGCGCAGAAAUCAAAAGAAGGCUAUUACUUGCAAGUCACGCUUGCUAAGAGGCUAAGUUCUCAAGCAAACCUAGCCUGUGACUCUGUUCAUAUACAGAGCACAGAAACUAUCUCCUACCGUUUUUGGGUAAGUGGUUGUUUAUCAUACAGUGACAAGAUCUCAGAUGGAUUUUACAGUAUAUUAGGGAUGGAUCCGUAUCUUUGGUUGAUGUGUAACAAUUCGGAGGAAGGAAAACGAAUUCCUUCUCUUUUGUUACUAAAGGAGACUGAGCCGAAUGAUACAUCAAUGGAAGUGGUUUUGAUAGACAGACGUGAGGACUCACGUCUUAAAGAACUGGAGGACAAGGCACAUGAGCUGUAUUGUUCUUCAGACAACAUGUUAGUGCUCGUGGAGAAACUUGGCAGACUUGUUGCCGUUUAUAUGGGGGGGAAUUUCCAGGUGGAGCAAGGUGAUCUUCAGAAACGAUGGAAAUUGGUUAGCAAUAGACUAAAGGAAUUUCGGAAAUGUAUCAUUCUUCCUAUAGGUAGUCUAACAAUGGGCCUUUGCCGCCAUCGUGCCAUUUUAUUUAAGAAAUUGGCUGACUACAUAGGUUUACCAUGUCGGAUAGCUCGAGGUUGCAGGUACUGUAAAGAGAGCCACCAAUCUUCUUGCCUUGUCAAGAUUGACGAUGACAGAAAGCUUUCAAGGGAAUAUGUAGUUGACCUCAUCGGGGAACCAGGAAAUGUCCAUGAUCCGGAUUCCUCUAUCAACGGUGAAACACAGUGUCAGAUUCCUUCACCCCUUCAAAUGAGUCAUCUUACAGAUUUUCCCAGGCCUUGUGUGCAUAGUACAUCUCCUUCUCAUACUGUAGAGUCAAAGGCUUCUCGUGCUCUUUCUGAGAAUAUUCAACGUUUAGGAAGUCAAGGCCAUGUACACAAAGAAUUUGAGUUGCCUGAUAAUGCAGCGACAAUAUGUUGUGCUCAUGUUGAUCAAACUUGCUGCGCAAAAGCAUCAUCAAUGGUUUUGACAGAAUCUGUUCUUCGAGCUCUACCUCUUGAUAUACCAAACCUUAGUGAAGACAAGAUUCCUCCACAAGAAACCUGCAAAGAAGAAACCGUUCUAUUAGAAGAUCCGAUUGAAAAAACAGCUAUCAAGCAGCCAAACUUAUCAGUUGAACCAGAGAUAGUAGAGGCUGACACUCGAAAAGAUAAAAAAGGAAGGUUACCUGUUGACGCCAUCUCACCUUACUUGAUUAUUGAGCCUUCGUUGGCAUCGGAUUGGCUGGAGGUCUCAUGGAAUGAAUUGCAUAUCAAAGAGCGUGUUGGUGCUGGAUCAUUUGGAACUGUUCAUCGUGCUGAGUGGCAUGGAUCAGAUGUUGCCGUCAAGAUUUUGUCUAUUCAAGAUUUCCAUGAUGACCAAUUCAGAGAAUUUCUGAGAGAGGUUGCAAUAAUGAAACGUGUUCGUCACCCAAAUGUUGUUCUCUUCAUGGGUGCUGUGACAGAGCGACCCCGGUUAUCAAUAAUAACAGAAUAUUUGCCAAGGGGCAGUCUUUUUCGCCUUAUCCAUAGGCCAGCUUCUGGGGAGUUGCUAGAUCAGAGGAGGAGGCUACGUAUGGCAUUGGAUGUGGCCAAGGGGCUCAACUACCUACACUGUCUUAAUCCUCCUGUAGUGCAUUGGGACCUGAAAUCUCCAAAUCUACUGGUUGAUAAGAACUGGACAGUGAAGGUUUGCGAUUUUGGACUUUCAAGAUUCAAGGCAAACACUUUCAUACCAUCAAAAUCUGUUGCAGGAACACCUGAGUGGAUGGCUCCAGAGUUUCUUAGAGGGGAGCCAACAAAUGAGAAAUCAGAUGUUUACAGUUUCGGAGUAGUUCUAUGGGAGUUAAUUACUUUGCAACAGCCUUGGAAUGGACUCAGUCCUGCUCAGGUGGUUGGAGCAGUUGCAUUCCAAAACAGGCGGCUUAUAAUUCCUCCCAAUACCUCUCCGGUUUUGGUAUCUCUAAUGGAAGCUUGCUGGGCAGAUGAACCGGCUAAGCGGCCAGCAUUUAGCGGCAUAGUGGACACAUUGAAGAAGCUACUAAAGUCUCCAGUGCAGCUGAUCCAAAUGGGCGGAGACAAAGGGGUGCUUUGCGUUGAUUAGCUCCUGAAUUUGAUUUUAAAUUAGAAAAAUCAAUGAGACGAGAGAGGCCUUGCCUGGAAGAAUGGAAGGCUUUUUUUUUUUUUUUGGUUUUGUUUGUAUAGUAUAGUUUUUAUAUACUCUUUACUUGCGAGACAAUGAAUAAAAAAAAUUAUGAGAU